CGCAGGGGCGCGUGGGGAAGAUGGCGGCAGUGAGAGACACUGAGGAUGAGCGGGGAAGGGGGCUGUCAGAUGUGGCAGAACACAGACUCAUCUUCCAGUCAUGCACCUUUAAGAUUUUUCUUUGCAGAAGUAUAAAAGAUAAGGCCAAGAUCAGUUUAAGAAAAUAUGAUGUUGGAAACAAAUUCUCCCAUUUGCCACUAUCCAAAGCAUCUGUUCUUAUGCCUCUAAUGGUUAAAGAUGGAAAGCUGUAUUUGCUAUUUACUGUCAGAUCAAUGAAGUUGAGAAGAUCACCAGGGGAAGUGUGCUUUCCAGGAGGUAAAAGUGAGUCAACAGACAGAGAUGAAAUAGCCACGGCCCUCCGGGAAGCCAAGGAAGAAGUGGGACUCUAUCCAGAGCAGGUGGAAGUCAUCUGUAGGCUUGUACCUGGAAUUGAUAAAGUAGGUUCGUUGGUAACACCAGUUGUAGGAUUUAUAGAGGACACAUUCCAGGCCAGACCUAAUCCAGAUGAAGUGAGUGAUGUGUUUUUGGUGCCACUGGAGUACUUUAUUGAUCCAUUAAAGUACAUGACCUUGCCUUAUAAAAGAGCGGAUGGUGUUGCAAGUCGGCUGCACAGUUUUGUAUAUGAUGACCCUGAGCGUAAAACAUCACUUAGGAUAUGGGGACUCACUGCGCACUUUGCUGUAUAUCUUGCUCUUGUAGUUUUUGAAAAGAAACCUACAUUUGACAUUCAGUAUGAUCUUGACAACUUAAUUUCAUCCUCUGAGAAGAAUUUCAUGGAGGAGUAUAUGUCGCUAUAUGAGGGAAAAAGCAGCAAACUAUGAGCUGUGGGACUGGCACACAGGUGUAAACAGUUGGUUUAAAUUGUUUUUCAAGCUUUACUAUUUGGUUUUCUGAAUCAGAAAUUGUCUUGUUUUAAUGUCUUCAUUGGAUUACAAAAAAUAAAGUGCUAAUAGAUUAAUCAGCCCUAAAUAGACAAAUUUCUUGUAUUUAUUUUACAUGUAUUUAAAGGUUCAUUAUAUUUUUCAUGGUCUUUGUGGUAAAGGCAUUGAACUGGGACUCAGAAGACUGAGGUUCAGUUUCAGGCGCUGUCAUGAAUUUCCUCUGUGACCUCAGAUAAGUUACUUACCCUCUGUGCUUCAGUUCCACUCUGUAAAAUGUGGAAAAAAUUCUUCCCAACCUUUGUCUCUUUGAUUUAGAAUAUAAACAGUUCAGGGCAGCGUGUGUAUCAUACUGUUUUGUACAGCACCUAGCAUGAUAGGGCUCUAAUAUUGAUUGGGGUCCCUGGACACUAUUGUAAUAAGAUGGCAGUGCUUGAAUAACUUGUUUUUUUGUUUUAGUUUGUGGAUAUUGGAGCUUGUGCUCAGAAUGACAUUCCUCAAAACCUAGCAGUGACACUGAAAUAUUCUCCACAGUGUUCUCUUCUUCUGGAGAGAUCGCCCUCUAGGGUUCAGUCGUUUUUUAUCUCUACUGAAAUAACUAGUAAAGGUUCCAGGUAGUGCCAGAUAUAGUGCUGCUGGGUUUUGUGAUGUUAUAGCCUGUCCACUAGCAACUGGGCCGAGACCAUCAGUUCAUUUCAUGUAUGCCAGUAAAUAGUUGUCAGAUGGCUAAAGCUUUUAAAGGCACUAUUAAUUUAGGCUGGAUUUGAACUUGCAGUUUAGAAGUAAAUUUAUCAAUCUUCAGAGCCAGCUGAUUUCCUCCAACAUGCAGUGAGAGUUGAGGGCAUUUAGAAUCAAGCCCCCCUGUUUGCUACCAUAGUACUAGAUUUAUGCUGAACAACGUCUUCUAAUAUACUGGGUGAGCAUGUGAUGUGGACAGCUGGCCUCUCUCCUGUACUAGAGUGUUUAGUCAUGCCCUACUGAACAAAAAUUGAGUAAGACCCUAGGUCUCUGCUGUCACGGCUCAGGGCAACUGCACCCGUUUCCCCUCAGUGGUUCAGCAAGGGCAUCCGUUCUCAGCUUCCAGCUCCCUAGCCAUUGCCUUUCUGAUAGAAGGUCUCUACCUUCUGACAGGAGUAUUUCCAGACUGCAUGGUUCCCUGCCUUCACUGUGUUUCCCAGCCCAGACAGGUUGCGCAAGGAUGCUUCCUUGCUUUCUUCCCAGCGAUGAUAACACAGUGGCUGUCUACAGUUAUAAAUUACCACUCAGCGCUUCCUAGGGAAGCCUACUUUAUUUUUAGGGUAAAAAGCAUUAAAGAGAAAACAUUAGAAAUAAUAAAAUAACCAUAUGCAUGCUAAUAAGUUUACCAGAAUUAACCCUAGCCCUAACAUGGCUUCUGGUAGGUUCAGUCCUUCCAACUCUACCCUAAGGAUUGUGUUCGUCUAGACCAUGGGCCCUGUCUAUUUACUGGGUCAGGAAGAAGCCCAUGAGCCAUUUGUCUCUUAGUCCCUGGAGAAACCAGUUUGAAUUGGUGUAUGCAUACCUUUCUGGGGAUGGUUUCUUUGGAGAUGUUGCAAAAGCUGAGUGAGUUUGUCUAGUCAUCCCAUGUUCUCCUAUUUGCCCUUCCAUAGAAGUGUAUAUAAUUCCACAAUAACACACACAGUCAUCGAGUUAGAAGGGACUGCAAAGAUCAUCUGGGCUAACCCCCUGCCACGGUGCACGAUUUGUUGUGUCUAAAUCAUCUAUGACAGAUGGCUAAUCCAGUCUCCUUUUGAAAACCUCCAGUAAAGGAGCUUCCACAACCUCCCAAGGCAGUCUUGUUCCAUCAUCUUACUGUUCUUACAGUUAGGAAGCUUUCCCCUGAGAUUUAAACUAAAUCUGCUGUGCUGUAGUUUGAACCCAUUGCUUCUUGUCCUGCCCUCUGUGGCAAAAGAGAGAAACUUUAUCCAUCUUUUUUGUGGCAGCCUUUCAAGUAUCCGAAGAUGGUUAUCAUACUUCCUCCUUAAUUGCCUUGUUUCCAAAGUAAACAUACCCAGUUCCUUUUAAAUAGAUUUAAAUCUGAGUCAGGUUCUCAGGUGUUGCAAACCAGUGUAGCUUCAUUUAAGUCAAUGGAGUCAUGUCUGUUUACAACCAUUGAGGGUCUGGCCUGUCUUUCUAUAUCCAUCUAUCCACAAUUUCCAAGGAGUUAAACAAGGUUGCACAUUACUCUUACAGUGCUGUAGUAUAUAAAUCAUAGUUCAAUAGAAAGCACCCUCUCCAUGGAGACUUCUCUGUUGAAGGUGAAUUUGAUAAGAAUAAAUCAUUCUGGUGUGAUUAAAGUAGGAGGGCAGUCUGUUUGGUGAUGUCUUGAAAUAUGUUUAAUUUAGCUUUGAAUCAGAAAUCUAUCAUGUAAAUGAAAACUAAUGAUUGGAGUGGUAUCAAAACACAUGCAAUGUUUGAACAUCACCUAAAUUUUGUUUAUAGUUAUAUUACAGUAGCAUUCACAGGCCCCAGUCAGGAUCAGAGACCUGUUAAGCUAUAUGCUGUACAAAUACUUAUGAAGACACUCUCUGGCCCCCAAAUCUUAUAAACUUAAGAUUCUGGAGAGCUCUGCACAUGGGUUACAAAGGCACAAAUGUAGUUUUAGGCAUGCUAUGUUGUACUUGGCAGCUACUCAGCCUGCACCCAAAUUUUUGUAAACCCUAAAUAUUUUAUUUGCCUAUUAAACAUUAAAGUUCUUCUCUUUGUUAAGCAGGAUAAACAGCUGGCUCACAUUUUCUUAUUGAACUUCCUUGUGAUUCCUGAUGCUAUGUUGCAUUUGGCGAUCAUGCUGGUAUACAGAGAUGUUUUAGUCACCAUGGAGCACUGUCGAUCAGAUCUACAGCUGAUGUAAAUCAGCACAGCUCCACUGCUGUCAAGGGUUCUUUCCCUAUUUUCUUUUCCCCAUCAAAAAAGAGGCACAACAAGUUCCAGUUUCAUUCAAAGCAUGAAACCUUCUUUGUUCCAAGGCCUAAGGUAUUUCUGUGCCUCUCUGGGAGAAUCAUCAAAUAAAUGCCAGCUACUUUAGGAGAAGUGUGACAUGGGCUGGAUUUGAACCAGUAACCUUCUUAUCCCAUUGUCCAAUCCCCUGAGUUAUCCUAUCUUCCCUCUUGAAAAAUCUUUUUUGAGUAUUCUUCUAACAUUUAACCUCAUUUGUGUGCUUUUUAAAGCAGGAAAAAAUAUUGAACAUUAAAUAUUUUCCUUUAAUAAAAAAAAAGAAAGAUGCAUACACCUAACUGGAGGUAUGCCACUCUUACUCCCUGUGCAUGCUCUCUGUGUUACUCUUACAUGGUGAAGCACUGGGAUCCAGAUUCAAGAAAGCAAUCCUAUUCAAAACAAAAGCAUAUAAGCAUGUGCUUAAAAUUAAGCACUGCUUAAGUCCCAUUGAAGCCAUUGGCACUGAAGCACACCUGCUUUCCUGAGUCAGGAACUAGAUAGGUACUCUGUAGCAUCAUAAAGUUUUUCCCUGUCUCAUAAACCACAAAGUAGAUGUGCUUCCAGAUCUAACAGGAGUGAAAUUCAUCUCAGUGCAGCUGUUCUGCCCAAGGUCCUGUGCACCAAGGGAGGCCCACUUAGACCCCAUGUUAAAAUUUAAAUAAGGCAUUCAGCAGAAUGUGGGCCUUCUGCACUGGCAUACAUUUCACAGAGAGGAAGCUCCUGCUUCCAAGAAGUUAAUAGCAAAACUAAUAGGAAGAGACCCCUUGGAUCUAAAGUGUUCUAAGUCUCUUUUGAUGGUACAGUCCAGUGCAGUCUAUAGAUGAGCUAGUAACAUCCCAAUAUAUAACGAGUUUGUUUGACCUUUCAUUUCUGUCUUUUUAUGUGCCCAACUCUUCUUGGAUCUGUUUGCUAUUGUUAAGUCUAUAACAGUAAUUUUUUUUGACAGAUAAAUGUACAGUAGCUGAAAUUUGGAAAACAUGAAAAUGGAUAUUCUGAAUUCAAUAAAAGGCCAUUUGUGACAAGUGA